CACACAAUCACAUCUGAAAAUCGUAUGAAUAUGAAACUAACACAAAUAUUGUAUUAAAACUACUUACUUAAAUAAAAAUACAUGGUUGACAUGAAUCAAUUAUUUUUAUUAAUAGGCAAUCAUACAGUCGAAUACAAUCAAGUCAUUCCAUUAUGAUUUUGUACCUUGUAAUAAUUUUCAUUCAAAGCGCACAAAGCAUAGUUUAUAUGAACGUUAAUUUUGAGAACAAAACUGAAGUAUACAUGUACAAAAUGUAUGUUAAAGUAGUGUGUGAAAGUAGGGGGCGGAUCUGUCAAGUUAGCCACAAAAGUGUGUGUGCUGUCAGAAAAAGAAACAACACGUUGGAGUAUAAGGAUUUUGAGAAUUCUUGUCAAGUUUUCAUGCACAAUUUUUGUGAUCAACCCGGACAGGAAUAUUACAUAGUGACUACUGGUAAAUGCGAUACUUACUUGCAAACUAGAAGAAAUGAAGAUGAUCACGACAAUCAAGAAGCUGAAGAAAAUAAAGAAGACAAAACAACAGAUGGAAAUGACGAAGUUACAGAAGAAAAUAACCAAAUAACUGAAGGAAAUGGCCAAGUUAAUGAAGGAAACGACGAAGUUACAGAAGGAAAUGAUCAAGUAACUGAAGGAAACGAAGUUACAGAAGUAAAUGAUCAAGUAACUGAAGGAAACGAAGUUACAGAAGCAAAUGAUCAAGUAACUGAAGGAAACGACGAUGUUACAAAAGGAAACAUCGAAGUUAAAGAAGUAAAUGGCGAAGAAAAUGAUGCCAAUGCUGAAACAACAAUAGCUGUUGAAGAAUAUAUAACUGACAGCGUCGACUCCACAAAGGCCUAUUUGAGAAAAGCUACCACAAAAAAAGCUGUAGCUGCUAAAGCUACGACAAAAAAGACUGCAGCACCAAAAGCUACAACGAAAAAAGCUGCAGCACCAAAAGCUACAACGAAAAAAGGUGCGACUAAAAAAGGCGCAACAAAAAAAGGCACGACUACGAAAAAAGCAACGACAAAAACUCCAAAAAAAAGGAAAUUGACCAAGAAAGAUAAGAGCAAGUUUGUGCCUUUGUAUGAAGUGGACACGGCCUUUGACGACCAUAUUUGUCCGUUGUCCUGUCCGGACACAUAUUUGCCAGUCUGCGUGAGCGCCAAUAGGGGGAAUGGGAUGUAUUUUAAGUUUUUUACCUUCGUUAACCAUUGUAGUGGAGACUUGUACUACUGUAAGAACCCAGAUGAAUUCGCCCCCGCUCCAGACGAGAGCGUAGAAGACGUGAAUGCUUCCAAACUUGGCUGGUCGUACUGCGGUGCUUCAAGAUAUCUGCAAUUCGCGCGAUUCUCUGAAUCGAUAUCAUCACUGGGCUACUACGGCUGGCUGUCUGGAGACCAGAAGUACUCUCACAUCAUGGAGCCUCACGAACGUCGGCCCGGCUAUGGAUAGCGACUUCAUAUUUUUUAACUCAAAAAUAUGUAUAUUAAUGUUGAUUUGUAUUAGCGCGUUAAUAUCUGGGGGGCUACCAUGAAACAUAAAACACGUAGUACGUCAUUGCGUCCACACGAAAAGAGACAGAAUGUGGACGUUAGUAACGUGCUACGUGUUUUUGUUUCGUAGUAAGAUCUUUGAUCCUUUUCGAUCUAGCAGUCUCGUUUUGAAAAAAAAGUCUAUGUUCUUUAACGCUAUUACUUACUUGUUUCUUCGUAAUAGUGUGUUAAUGCUUGUAAAGUUUUAUUCAAUCCUAAAUAUAU